CUUUGAUGGUGGUGGAUACAGUUUAGGAGAAGAAUCCUGAUUGCAAGACCCUCAGAAAGUGCAUUUAUAUGAAGACGGCGGAGACUCCUUGGAUUACAACGUAAUGCAUUGUUUCAUUGCGGCACAUGUAUGACAGAGACACAUGUGAGUUUACCGCAGCCGAGACCUGCGCACAAACGGAUCCCUUGCCCUGUCUUCUUGGGACUCGGUCGUGGAUGCUGGCAGAAGCCAUGCGCAGACACCCUGCUCGUUACCACUGUGGCUUCUAAAUGUGAAACAACGCUUCCUACACAAGCUCAACAUGGAUAUCACCAAACGGGAUAGAUCCACCCAGAGUCCUACGUCUAUUUAGUGCCCCAUAAGGAGCUCGUACAGGGGAUGGUGUGACUUCAAUUUUCAUACAAAACUGGAACCCAGAAUCCGCAGUCUGAUGAUACCAAGUCCAGAGGACACGGCACACCUGGAGCUGGAAGGGGACUAUGUGGAUCUCGUAGACAUUACUGCUGCGGCAGACCAUCCACCGUCGGCUUCCUCCUGUCACCCUGAAAUGGGGGAUCCUCUUAGGGCCCCUAAAGUCAGCAAAGAUCCUGUUUCCAAUGUUGCUAAUAAUAAGUGGGUUUGCAGGAAAGGUCUGACUAGCGAGGAGGGGGCGUGCACCCCUUGUCUAAGUAGGAGACUCAACAACAAAGUGGACAACCAGGAGACAAAGUGUCGUUUUCGACGUUCAUACAUGGCUGCUCUUAAAAACCCAGUCAGCUUUUGCUCUGUACCCAUGGAUGACAUACUGGAGGAUCCUGUGGGCAGAUCUGGUUCAUCGACCACGUUCGCUGCCCUGGAGAGCCCUCUUUGCUCCCGACGCAAGGCUCCAUCCCAGAUUGCCUCCUCCUGGCUCUUCCCAGGAAAAGCAGAGUCAAGAGUUGGAGACCAGUCUGGUCAAUAUUCCUCUAGAACUCCCAAAUCUAACCCUUCGCCAGGUUCCGACGCGUCCCCUUCUCUCGUGCACAGAUUUUCCUUCCUAAGGGGUCAGCGCAGUUCCGCAUCCUCAGGCGAUGGUCUCGCCAUGGACGUGGGUAGCUCUCAACAUGGUGGCACGUGGAGGAGAGUGUCAGCUGUAUGCUCACCGAGACUCAGCAGGACUAAGUUCUUGGGGAAAGGAUCAGUGCCAAAUGCCACUUGUAGCCUUGACAUCAAUUCUUCUGUCCAGAAAGUUCCAUCCAAGACUGGCUUGUGGGUAUCCAUUGUAGGUUCUCCAGCUAGAGGAUCCAUACCGUGGGAAACCAUCUCCGACCCUCCAGUUCAGUGCCAAGAUCUCAGUGCCAAGUUAUUGUACUCCGGAAUCGCUUGUCUCCCAGGAAGCAGAGACAAGCAGGGCAGGGCUCUAAUCCAGGUGACUACGGACAGUAGUGUAUGGGAGGCAGCAUGGUGCUCGGUGAGAGAGGUGGCACGGUUGUUACUCUACCUUUGUUCCGUAGCCAGAAAGGAGGUGAAGGACCUUGGAGUGCUGGUUUUGGUGGAUGCCAGGAAGCAGCCUUCGUCUCCAUGCCUGAACGCUGCACUACAGUCUGUGCAGGCGUCAUAUCCUGGAUCCAUCCAAAGCAUUUUGAUCCUGGUGGAAAAAGAUGGAGCUGCCCAACUGGACAGGAUACCAGGGCUACAGUUGGAGGUCUUGACUUCAUUGAAAGCACUGGGCCGGUACGUGGAGAUUGGACAACUGACUUGGGACCUAGGAGGCACCUUCCCGUACUGCCACAGCGAGUGGGUCCAAUUUUACCAGAAACUGGACACAUUCUUGGCGGACCUGAGGAAGGCAUCUGAGUUGCUCCAGCACUCUAUUCAGGAGCUUGGUGAUGGCAACGCUCCCCAAGACUCUAAGGAAGCAGAGGACAAGAUGGACCAGUACAGGGAGCUGAUGAAGCUGGUGCUAAGUGAUUCUCGGUUAGUCUCUCUGCAGAGGGAAGGAGGGACCACUCUGGCCAAACUCCGCAAGGAGGCCACUCGCUUCUACUGUUCACAGGAUGUCAGGAGUGCGGUGGAGUCGGCCGUGCACAUGUACAAUAGCCUGGAGGAGAAAGUUCAUGCUUUAGUGUCCAAGUCUAACCGCAGGUUGGAGCUCUUGGAGUCGUUCCUGAAGGUCCGAGCUUUGGAGGGUCAGUUUAAUCAGCUCAUCUCCUGGAUGGAUGGAGAAGGUGAGAGCAAGCUGCAUCAGAUGGAUGACAUGGAAUGGACUCUGGAAACCAUUGAGAGAUCUCACAAGAAGUUCAAGGAUUUCUACCUCCAGGCAACAGUGCAUUAUAACCAUGGCCUGGUACUCUUGGAUGAUGCCAACAAAUUCAACGGUUCCCUCUUCCCAGAGAUAGAGUCAUUCAAAGCAGUGCGAAGCGGCUUCCAGGCCAAACUCACGGCUUUCUACAUGAGUGUGGAGAGGCAGAAGGAAGAGCUGGAGAAACUGGUCAAUCUCUACAGGUUUUGCAAUAAGCUCACACAGCUCACACUCAGUUGUAGCCGUUACCUGGGGCAGAUAAAGAAGGCUGAGACGAGGUUGUGUCAGCCGGAGACCCGGCAGUGUCUGGAGAAUUUCCUCCAGAGGCUAACGCAAGAGUUGUCUGCAGACAAAUUUCAAGAGAUGAAGGAGGAAUCCUACACGUUGAGCAGUUGCAGGGGUUUGGCUGUAUGGAAUGAAACCUGGCUGAAGUGCCAGGAGACAAAGCAACUUUUAGAGGAGACGCUUGAGAAAUGCAGAGAAGAGCACACUGCGUGUACAGCAGGCUGGCACAAGGAUCCUGUUGUUGGCUUGAAAGCCAGUAACCAAAAUGAAGAUGGUAAUGUCAGUUUUGCCAAUGAAGGGUUCCCUGGAGAUAAGAAGGGUGAUGAUAAUGAAUACAGACCAAGGGGAAGCAUGAGAUCAGCAGAGACAACAGUCAUAAACUGCUGCAGCUUUGGACUUCAUGCUGGUUCCAUGGGCCUUUUCUUGAAGGCAUCUCGGAACUCUAGGAACGGAAGAGCAAUGCGAGACCCUGUCAACUCUCAGGGGUGUUCUACCAGCAGAGAAUCAAACAACAACAAUGUGACAGAUCUGGAACACACAGAACACAUGGCUCAGAACUCUAAUAAUGAAGCUCUGGAGAUCCUCCAUACUCCUAGCCCCAAACUGCCCAUGGCCACCCCUAAACAACCACCUCCAGCAGCAAACACAGACCAAGUCCAAUGGCCGGUCCUUGGAAGGUCUCACAGUGAUGAUUCAUCCACCCUUCCCCGUGGGGAAACAGCCAAAGGAGGGGCACAACCUGGAAAGCACUGUACGCUCUCCAGACAUGCCAGCUUCUCGACCAGCUCCCAGUACUCCUCAGAAAGUUCCUCUCUCAUGUCUCCCUUGUUAGCCAUGGAGCCACUGACUCCACGUACUCCCUGGAUGAAAGGGGCCACAGCGGAUUCAGCACGAGACAAUGAAUGGCCUACGAAUGUCAACUUUGCGAAGCUGCAUAGGAUAAUGGAGGAGCUUCUUACUACAGAGAGAGAUUAUGUCUGUUCCCUGGGUUAUGUCCUCUCCCACUACGUAUGUGAAAUGGACCGUCCGGAUCUCCCGCCUUCCUUGCGGGGUCAACACGCUGCCAUCUUCGGGAACUUGGAGAAGCUCUAUGAGUUCCACAGUCAUGUAUUUAUGCAGGAACUAACAAGUUGCAGGAGAGACCCAAGCCACGUGGGACGAUGCUUCCUCAAGCACAAGGAACAGUUCGCAUUGUAUGCAUUUUACAGCAAGAACAAGCCUCAGUCGGACAGACUUCUGCUGGAUCACGGGGCAACCUUUUUCAAGAGGAAGCAGCAGGACCUGGGAGAUAAGAUGGACCUGUCCUCCUACCUACUGAAGCCCAUACAGAGGAUCAGCAAGUACAGCCUGCUCCUGCAGGACAUGGAGUGGGAAUGCCAAGGGCAGAGCGCACGGGCAGAGGAGCUGAAAGCCGCACGUGAGAUUGUGCGUUUCCAGCUCCGACACGGAAAUGACCUCCUAGCCAUGGAUGCCAUACAGGACUGUGAUGUAAACCUGAAAGAGCAAGGACGGCUUCUGCAUCAAGGAGAGUUUGUGAUUUCGUACAAAAAGAGAAAAUGUUUGCGGAGAGUCUUUCUCUUUGAAGACCUUGUUCUUUUCAGCAAAACCAAAAGGAUUCCCUCGGGAAGUGAGAUUUAUGUUUACAAACAGUCAUUCAAGACCUCAGAGAUUGGCCUCACUCAUACUUUGGGAGGUAGCGGGCUUUGCUUCGAGAUCUGGUUUCGGAGGAGGAAGCUGGAAGAUACAUACACCUUGCAGGCUCCUUCAGCAGAGGUCAAGGAGGCCUGGACCAAGGAUUUAGAGAAGAUCCUGUGGGAUCAGGCCAUCAAGAACCGUGAGCUGCGUAAACAGGAGAGGGCAUUCUCUGGCCUCGGGUGCAAACCUUUCACUGACAUCCAGCCGAGUGAUGCAGCCAUCAGCAGUAGAGCUGUCCACGGUCUGGCAGGGGAAGGAGAUGAGAACAUCCACACUUCAUCCGCGGCUGGUUUAUCUUUUCAAAUGUCAACCCCACCACUAAGGUCCCUGUCCGUAGGGUCGCGGAGCAGCGCAAGCAGUGCUAUGUCCCUAGGAGGCUGCUCCUCUACUUCGUCUGGACGAGGCUCGCUCAGCCCCCAUCAUAAUUACCCUGGGUCAGAUCCACACUGGAGGUGCUGCAGGACAGAACCGCCCCAGGAGAAAGAAAACCGUGUUUUCUUGUCUGGAAGCUCUGGUUCUUCCGAAGGGAGUGUCAAUGGAUUCAACUCAUCUGACCCAUGCCACCUGCCCUUAGGACAUCUAAACAUAUGUUACCCACUAGACCGCUGGCCCACGAUGCAAAUCGGAGAGAAGCCCCCAGGAAACAGCAUGACAUGAGAGCUACUGCGAUAAAGGCGUCAGCAGACAGUCUUCCCGAAAUCUGUGCCGUAUCUCAUCUAUGUCAACGUGCCUGCUAGGGUGUGAUACAUUUUAAAUAUGUAAAAAGGAAAGCAAAAUAAAUAUUACAUUUUACUUCA